AUGGCAUCUUUUUCCCGAAUCCCCGUGAAGUCUCUUGAAGAACUAGAUUCGUCAAACCUUACGAAUCUCUACACAUCUGGAAAAUUAGAUGCUUCGAUAGCUCAAACUGCAAUUUCGCCGCCUUCGGCAACGUUCAAUGACCAGGUUAUCCUCGUGCAAAUGGAUAUGACUCGCAUGGCCGUCGACGCCAUCGUCAACGCAGCCAACAAAUCCCUCCUCGGCGGCGGCGGAAUCGACGGUGCAAUCCAUCGCGCCGCAGGUCGAGGCCUCUACGACGAAUGUUUCGACCUCCACGGUUGCGAAACCGGAGAGGCAAAGAUAACAAAGGGAUACCGUCUUCCCGCUAAACACGUAAUCCACACUGUUGGUCCCAUAUAUUGGGAUCACAAAGAUGAAGGCCGCGAUCCAGCUGAAUUUCUCAAGAAUUGCUAUGUGAACAGUUUGGAUGUUGCGAGAAGGAAUGGGUGUAAAAGCGUGGCUUUCCCUUGUAUUAGUACGGGGAUUUAUGGGUAUCCUAAUGAUAGGGCUGCUGUGGUUGCUUGUAGGGUUGUUAGGGAGUAUUUGGAGGCUCAGCUUGAAGAGACUUUGUUUGGUACAGACGAUGUUGAGAAUGUUCCAGAGAACAUUGGAGAGACGGUUGAAGAUAAGGAGGAAAAGAUAGUCAUUUCUGGGAAGAAGGAGGAAGAUGAUGUUGAAGAAGGAGAAGUUAAGGAUGCUAAACCUGCCGAAACCAGUGAGAAGGUAGCCGAGGAUGCUAAGGGAGAAGCUGUGAUUAAGGACGAGCAAAAGGAAGCCCCAGAGACAAAAGACGAGAAGACUGGAGAUGAAAAGACUGGCGAUGAAAAGACUGAAGGUAAGGUUGCCGGAGGAGAAGAAGAAGAAGAAGAAGAAGGCGAUAAGGCAACCAAGAAGGAAUCAGCCCAACCAUUUAUUUCUCAGAUCGAGAAAGUCAUCUUCUGCGUCUUCCUCGACAAGGAUCUAACAAUCUACGAAGAUGUUCUUCCAUCUUUCUUCCCCCCAGCGGACCCGAAAGUCGAAGGUGCAAUUGACAAACUUGAGCGAGAAGCUACCGAAAAGCCCGAAGGUAGCAGCACUAAUGAUAGCGGCAGCAGCAACCAACCCGCAAAAGAACAGCCGAAAGAUACACCUGGGGUAUAG